AUGACAGAAAUUGAGAGAUUAGUACGGAGACGAGCAGCCUUUAAGGCUCAGAUAACAAUCCUAAACAAUUAUCUAAACGAGUUAGAGGAACUAUCACAGCGUAAAGAUCGAUUUAUCAAUUUAAUUGAGAAACUUGAUGAGGUACAAUUGCAAAUAGAAGAAAUUACCACAAAUUUUGAUGUAGAACUAGAUGAACGCACAGCAUUUGAAUCAGAUUUCAAUAAAACAUUAGCACGAGCAAGGUAUUUCUUGCAGAAAAGUAAAACGACUAAUAUUGAACAAGACAAUGAUAAUCUUUCUUCUCAAAGAUCAGAAACGGGUUCUGAUAAUGUGGCCUUAUGUCAAAAUUUAAAUAACCUCAAACUCCCAGCCAUUGAAAUUUCUACUUACGAUGGUGAUUACGAUACUUGGCUUGAAUUUAGAGACACGUACGAGUCACUAAUUCAUACAAAUGUUAAUUUAUCUGAUAUACAGAAAUUCCAUUACCUUAGAGCAUUUUUGGGUCCGCGUGUAAGAGAGAUUAUUGCUAGUUUGGCAUUUUCUGCUUUAAAUUAUAAACCUGCUUGGGAAUUAAUUUCCUUGUUUAAUCUCAAUCAAAUUCAUGAAGAAUCAUCUCAAGCUUUAAGAAAACUUAUUGACAAUGUAUCUAAGCAUUUAAGAGCCCUCACCAUUUUAGACGAACCUACAAACACAUGGGAUACAUUGGUAAUAUAUUUAAUUUCUAUAAAACAAGAUAAUGAGACAUUAAAGCAUUGGGAGGAAGCAAAAUCUGGUUAUGUAAAUCCAACUUUAGAUAAUUUAACCACAUUCUUGAAGCAUCGAGCAGACAUGUUGGAAACAUUAGAACAAAGUAAGAAUUCUAAACGAGUCAUUCCAAGGUCAAAGGGUGACAAUAAAACAAAAGCCUUUGUUGCAUCAAAACCGUACUGUGUAUAUUGCAAAAAGGACCAUUACAUUCAAAAUUGUGAGGCAUUUGUAAGGUUAUCAAUCGAACAAAGACGAACACAAGCAAUGAAGAAUCACUUGUGUCUUAACUGUUUAAGGUUGGGUCAUACAAGUAAAAUGUGCUAUGCAAGUUCCUGUAAAACCUGUAAUGCUCGACAUAAUACCUUAUUACAUGAAGAACGAGUAUCCAGUUCAGAAAACGAACAGACAGUUAAUUUAUCAUCACAUAUUAAUUUUAAUGGAGAUCAGGUACUUCUUUCAACAGCAUUACUAAAGAUUUUUGAUAAAAAUGGGAAAUGUCAUGUAGCACGGGCACUUUUAGACUCAGGUUCUCAAAGUAGUUUUAUAACCGAAGACUUUUGUAAUAAGUUACAGUUUGAUGUAAUACCAACCAAGAUAACAGUAAGUGGUUUGAGUGAAGCUCAAUCUAAUGUGUCAGGAAAGAUUUCUAUACAAGUACAUUCUAAGGUAAACAACUUUUCAUUUAAAAAUUCUUUUCUAGUUAUAAGAAACAUUACAGAAACCUUGCCUAAUUUUAAAAUUAAUAUCAAAAAUUUGAACAUUCCAGACAAUAUUAAAUUGGCAGAUCCUCAUUUUUAUAAGCCAGAGAGAGUUGAUGUGCUUUUAGGAGCUGACUGUUUCUGGAACCUUAUGUGUGUUGGACAAAUCAAGUUAAAUAAUGGAUUAUUAUUACAAAAGGGUAAAUUAGGUUGGGUUAUUGCAGGACGUAUGCAGUCAAAUCCUUGUACCACGACAAUACGUAAUUUUUCUAAAGCUAAUGACAUUGACAAGCAGCUCACUCGUUUCUGCGAAUUAGAAGAGUUUCGACACUCCAAACCACUGUCAAACGAAGAAAAAUUGUGUGAAGAAGAAUUUGUAAGGACUUUCAAACGUGACAGUGAAGGACGCUUUGUAGUAACUAUUCCUCUAAAACAAGGUCCUGAAGUCCUAGGCGAUAAAUACGAUAUAGCAAAACCAAGGUUUUUAUCUCUAGAACGAAGAUUUAAACGAGAUCCUGAAUUCAAGAAACGUUAUAUCAAUUUUAUUAACGAGUAUAAAAAUAUGAAACAUAUGUCCAAGAUAGAACAUCCAGAUAAUGCAACUUUUAGUUAUUACAUGCCCCAUCAUGGCGUUAUAAAAGAAUCAAGUUUGACUACCAAGUUACGGGUAGUAUUUGAUGCUUCAUGUCCAAGUAGUAGUGGAUAUUCUUUUAACGAUUUGCAACUUGUUGGACCUACAAUCCAGUCAGAUUUAUUCUCACUCCUGCUGCAGUAUCGAACGUACAACUAUGUAAUUAGUGCUGAUAUAGAGAAAAUGUAA